AUGGCUGAUGAGUGGAAGCAGCUGCAAUUCCAGGAGUCUCUCACAGGGGCGCGCUCUCUCCUGGGCUCCAUACCCCUGGGGGCCCUGAAGGAUGCCUCAUAUACCCUCGCGGGGCAGCUAUGAACCAGCUCCACUUUCAGCAGAUACUUGUGAAGCCCUCCAGAGUGAAGGUUAAAGGAAAACCGGCCGAGUUUGACCUCCAACAGAGAGUCCUACAAGUCAGCACUGGGGCAUUUGACGACAUUUACGUUGGUGUUCGAUCUGCAUACAAUUUGGCCACAUGGAGUUUUUCAGCUGAUGAUCCACCCAGACCUCUCUGUGUUGUGAGAACGAAGACGCCCAGCACCUGCAUCAAUGUCAGCCCUCACGUUCCCGGAGAACUCUGCGUCUGUACAGAGAGUGGUAGACUGUACCUGUGGAACUUGGAGCGGGGAUUGCAGCAAAUCCACCAGAAUGAAGAGACACUUUUCUUCCGCGACGACCCUCACUGGAGAUGGAGUGACUUCACCUCCCACCCUCGUGUCCUCCUGUAUGCUGACCGCACUGGGGUGCAGGCUGUAGACAGUCGGGUGGAAGGUGGUCAGGGCUUGGACCUGUUUCGUAUUGGUCAGGAGUCGUCAUCCCACAGAGGAGAGAGGAUGAUAUUAUCCCGCUGUCUGAGGGAGACUGAACCAGCUCAAUUCCUGGUGACCACACAGUUCUCUAUGUACAUCAUGGAUGACCGAUUUCCUCUGGUCCCCUUGGCUAAAUGGAUACACAUGCUGGAGAGGCCGCCUGUGUUUGUCAGCGUCAUUCCAGGAGGCGAAUCUGAGCGGACUAACAAGAUCCUUCUGGGAACUCAGCACAGCCAGGAGACGGUACUGCUGCAGUACUCAGGAGGUGAUUUGAACCCUUGCCAACUGCAUCUACCCGCAGUGAGACUCUCGCAGAGUUCAGGGUCCCUCCAUCAUCUGGAUCCAUUAUUGCCCCACGAACGGGAGAUUGCGGCACAGAGACUGGCAUCUCCGAUGGCAGGGUUGGCUGCAGCAUGCACUGCACUAAAUCCAGAAUUCCUGAUGGUUUUCCAUCUGACAGACGCCGGUGAUGUCUUCAGUCAGCGGUUGCUGUAUAACAAGUCUUUGGCUCCAAGCUCCAACCAUUUUUCCAGGAGGAAUCCAGCUUGUACUGCCGAGAAGACAGUGCCUAGUGGCACUCCAACAGAGCAGGUUUCAGAAGACGUCACCAUUGAAUUAGACAUUUCUGGCCAAGAACCAGAAAGUGAACUAAAUCUAGGAGCUGUGGAUCGGUCUCCUGAAACUGUCUCCGCCAAUGGAAUUCGUGCCAUAAGUCCUAUCCAUGAAGUACCGUCUAGCUCAGGUUCUCCACCUUCUUUCAGCACUAAGGCUAAAGUUUCUUUCAACAAGUGGAUCCAACAUUUACUUCGCAAAGGAAGCGUGGAGGUCCUCCAGCGUCCAGGAUGCCAGAUUAACAACUUGUUCAGUGCUGUAGAAUUAGGUGAAACCCCUCAGAAGGUAGAUAGAUUGCGAGAUUGCUUACGUCAAGGUAUGAGAGCGGGCAAACUCAUAAAAUUGGACUCCCCAACCAGUUCUGCGACAGUGGAGCUUGUGCGCGCCGAGAAC